AUGGCUUCCGGUGACAACCAGGAAUCUCGUUCAAGAACUUUUUCUCUAGAAACAGGAGAAACAGACACGCGCCAUCUUCGCCCCGAAAGCAAUGCUACCGAAGAUAAUAUACCAGAAGCAAUAAAAACAUAUGAAGCAAGUGCAAACAAUGAGUGCUUUAAUCAGGUUAAUGACGAAAAUAAUUUAAAACAAAGGAUUAAGCAAUGUAGAAAUAUAAUAGAAUCAUUAAAAUUAGAACUGAAUCAAGAAAAGAGCCGAUUGGAAAAAGAUACCAAAGCUUCAAAUGAUAUACAGGAACUUAAAACCAACUCUGACGCAACAAGUUAUUCAGAUAUUCCUUACUCUUCAGAUUUUUACACUAGUGUUGAAGAUAAAUUAACUUGUGAUGAAAAUCUUCUAGAAUAUGAAAAGCAAUUACAAAGAUAUCAAAAUACAUUAAACAUGGCCCAAAUUGAAAAGAAAAAUGCAAUAAGAAAGCACAUGAUAGCAAAAGCUUAUAAACUCAAAUUGCUUGAAGUCGAAAAUCAAUGUAAUAUAGAACUUUUACGCGUCAAGCAAAGCUUACAAUGUCUGGAACCAUUACAAAUGAUUGCUAGUAAGUGGAAAUCCAACGUCGAUGAUUUCUCUUACGAUUUAAAUAAUUUUGAACUCAUACCGAGGUAUCCAGAACUAAACGCACUUUCUGGAAGCGACGUUUCUUCAUCUGUAGAUGAUACAGAAAUAAAAAACAAGUCACCCAACAGUCUUAAUGAAUCCGUCUUAUCAGAUUUGCAAUAAGAACUAUAAUUUUUUGCAAACUUUACGUUAAAUUUUUCCGAAAAAUCGGUGUGAAUAUCAGAAUUCAAUAAAUCAGC